AUGGCACCCACCAAGUCUACCGCUUCCAAGCCCGCCGCCGCUAAGAAGGCGUCUGCCCACCCCACCUUCUUGGCCAUGAUCCAGGAAUGUGUCAAGGCCGACACUGCCGCUGCCCGUCACGGUGUUUCUCGCCCUACCAUCAAGAAGUUCCUUGCCGACAAGUACAAGCUCGACAUGUCUUCCGCUGCCAACACCAGCAACUUGAACAACGCCAUCAAGCGCGGAGCCGACACUGGUGCCCUUGUCCUCCCUAACGGUGCUUCCGGCAAGGUCAAGCUCGCUCCCAAGACCAAGCCCGCCGCGUCCGACAAGGAGAACGUCGCCCCCAAGAAGGCUGCCGCACCCAAGAAGGCCGCCGCCCCCGCCGCCAAGAAGGCCGCUGCUCCCGCCGCAAAGAAGGCUGCUGCGCCCGCUGCCAAGAAGGCCGCCGCACCCGCUAAGCCCGCCGCGAAGAAGGCUGCCGCCGCCCCCAAGAAGGCCGCCGCUGCUGCUGCCCCCAAGAAGAAGGUGUCGUCUGCUGCCGCCAAGAAGGCCCCUGCUGCCAAAUCCGCCGCCAAGCCCGCCGCGAAGAAGGCCGCCCCCGCUCCCAAGGCCGCACCCGCACCCAAGGCCGCCCGCAAGGCCCCCGCCGAGCGCAAGACCAAGGCCUAG